GAACUCGAGCGGCGGCUGUUGGAGGCGGAGCAGCGGGCGGCGCGGCACGAGUCCGAGUCUGAGCGCCUCCGAGCCGAUGCGUUGGGCGCGCGCUCCGAAGCCGGGGCCGCCGGCGCGUCGGCCGCGGAGGCGCGCGCAGCGGCAGAGGGCGCCCAGGUGGCGGUGGCGGCCGUGCGGGAGGAGGCGGGCCGGCUGCAAGAGGAGCUGCUGCGAGCGGAAGCCACGGCCGCGGAGGCGGAGCAGCGAGCUGCCAGUCUGUCUGCGGCGGCCGAGGGCGCGGCGCAGCAGGCGGCCCAGGCGCGCGCGGCCUGGGACGAAGAGCGGUCCGAGCUCGAGCGGGCGCGCGGCGCGGCGGACGCGGCCGCCGGCUGGGCGCGUGCUCGGGCCGAUGAGGCGGAGGCGCGCGCGGCGGCGGCCGAGGCGUCGGCGGCGGCGGCUGCGAACGAGAGCAGCGCAGGCAUCCAGGCGCUACGCGCGCGCUGCGGGGCGCUCGGCGCCCGCGCGUCGCGCUUCCGCGCGGAAGCGGGCGCGCUGCGGGGGCGGGUGGAGGCCGCGGCGCCGGAAUUCGAGGAGGCAGUGCGCAAGGCGCUGGCCGUCUUGCUGUCUGCAGUGCAGCACGACCCGUUGGAAGAGGGAGAGGAGCCAAAUGACAGCGGACAGGAGGAGGACGAGCCCGAGGAAGCUGGAGAGGCACUGGCAGGCGCAGCGACGGGGGCGGUGACAAGGGCGGGGUGCCCCUGA